AGGUUGGACAAUCUGCUCAACAUGGCUUAUGGAGUAAAGAGUAGGUUUCCUCCGAUGACCAUUGAUGGAAUGACCAGUUUGGCUGGAAUUAAUAUCCCUGGGCAUGCAGGAACUGGAUGGUGCAUUUUUGUGUACAACUUGGCCCCUGAUGCAGAUGAGAGUAUCCUCUGGCAAAUGUUUGGACCCUUUGGAGCAGUAACCAAUGUGAAGGUCAUCCGUGAUUUUAACACCAACAAGUGCAAAGGUUUUGGAUUUGUGACUAUGACAAACUAUGAUGAGGCAGCUAUGGCAAUAGCCAGCCUGAAUGGAUACCGCCUUGGGGACAGAGUAUUGCAGGUCUCCUUCAAAACAAACAAAACGCACAAAGCCUAACAAGUUAUUCUCAGUGCAUUAAUACAUGAAAACUCUACAACAAAGGCAGUUUACAAGAAGCUUUAUGCAUUAGUAAAUGCCUUUGUUGUAUGCCAGUGUGGAAAUGGGGAUAAAAUGACUACUUAGCAUCCUAAGAAUAUGUGAGAUUUUUUUAUUGCUAAUAUUUGAAUUAAACUUCUUAAAUAUCUUUUGUGUUUGAAUAUUGACAAGAGGUACAGGGUUUUUACCUGUCACAAUGCAUAUUCUAUUGCCUUCUUUGAAGAAGGUGGACCUUUUAAAAUGUUUCAGCUAAGGGAAGAAGUUUUUUCUUUUUAUGACUGCCUUUACAUAUGAGUAAAUAUUGAGGCUUUGUGUUACACCUUCUAAGUUUUUUUUGUUGUUUCUUGAUUUGCCUUGUUUAAUUAUACAUGUUAAUACAAUGCUGUUUUGUUGUUCAAGAAAAGUAUUUGAAGUUUACAUUUUAUUUAUAAAGUUAUAAGCAGUAUUUAUUUUAUAAUUAUCAUUUGGGUUGGGGAAUGGGAACACAUUAUAAAAGCUUAUUGUAAGAAUACUGGAGAACUUUUCGUAAAGCAGUACCUUGCCAAAGAGAUAAGAGCCUCUUUGAUGUGGGUUUAAAAAAGCAUCUAUUUUUA